GGGGGUUAAAAAGAAAGACCUUUUAUCGGUGCCUCUUCCGGGAGAGGCGGUUUCAUCUGUGUAUCUUGAUUAACGCAUAUCAAAAGUACAGGCGUAGAACUGAAAACUGAGACAUUUCGUUUAUAGAGUUAUAUAGACAUCUCUACAUACAUACAUACAUUUUUUUCUGCCCGCCUCUAUGUGUCCGGCGCAGCUGCGACACGGCUUUCUGUAAUCAAAAAAGCGCAGUAAAAAAGCAUGUUCUGCCUGACCCUCCUCCGAAGCGCAGCCAAGAAGAAGGUGUUUGAACUCUUCUGCCGCGAGCAGCUGCUCGUCAACUACUCUCUACGCGAACUUUCUCCGGCUAGCCGACGUGUUGUUAUGGCAGAAAUGUUCAAGGAGCUCCCGGCAGAAACCGUGUUGGAUCUGAAGCAGCGCGCCGCCAUUGAGGAGUCGCGCAUCGAAGCGUUAAAACGUGCCGCUGCUUCGUUCAAGCCCGUCACGCCCUAUGAGUUCUUCGUGAAGGAGCAGCGGACGAACCCGGCACUGGGCGGCGCAUCCAACCCGCGUGAUCGAGAGGUGAAGUUGCUGCAAAUUUACGAGACGCUCCCGGAGAAGGCGAAGGAGGCGCUGGCGGCGCGCGCGGAGCGGUACAACGCGGAGCAUUCCAAACUGCCCGUGGCGCCACCGCUGCCGGUGGUCGCGGUGGUCAAGAAGAAACUCGCACCGGCGCAAUCGAAAAAGAAGAAGGCCACCAAGAAAAAGAAGAAGAAGCGACCGGCCGGCGCUGGCGCAAGGAAGUCGAAGAAAGCAACAACGGAAACGGCAGCAGGGAGAGCGACGGAAGAGCAAGGUGACGAUGAAACGGCGAAGGCGGUGGCCAAGCCUCGUGGGCCGCCGUCUCCCUACUCCAUCUUUGUAAAGGAUCAGAUGGCGUCGCUACACCACUUAGCCCCCAAGGAGCGCAUGCGCGUCAUUGGCGAACGCUGGCGUUCGCUGACAAGCGAAGAGCGCGAACGACGGUUAGAGGCGGCGCGGGUGCAAAUUGCGUCGGAAGCGGCGGCAGCAGCAGCGUCGAGGGCAGCAACGGACGGAGAAGUCUCAGCGACUGAAGUUUCAACGGCCACUGCGCCUCCGUCGAUGUCGGCCUGCGUUCCUGUCGCGACGGCUGAUGAAACGUCCACCACGGCAUUUGCUGCACUUGCACCUCCUGGCAUGUCGGCGUUGCCUUCCGCUGCUGCACCAGCGGAAAAGGCCGUUGACGGGGCCGCACUACCAACUUCACCGGCGGCCAGUUCAAUGGCUCCGUCCACGCCUCCUGUGUAA